GACAUUCCACUGGAAAUUUUCCGAAAUUCAAAGAUAAUUUCUUGAAAGGAAAAAAAUUGAAUACAAAAAAUUGUCGUUUAGCGGAAGAAGCGCGUUGUUUUUGUGGAAAAAUUAAUUUCAAAAUGCCUUUUGAUUGGGAUAACAUUGAUUGUGCUUCUCCAGACUUGGAGAAUUCUGCAUAUUUCUUCUCUGUUCAACAUAUUGAACAUGAGAAAGAUUAUGAAAACAACAUUUUCGUGAACAAAGAAAAUGCCGAGAACGUAGCAAAGAAACCUGCAAAAGAAGCGAAUGUGGAUAAAAAUAAGAAGUCUCUGCAAAUCCAGGAGAAUGUGAAAAAUCAGAAAAUUCCCUUGAAGACGCGAAUAAAUCUCCAACAUGUUGCUCCAAAAAAUUUUUCCAAAGUUGGAAAAAAAUUGGAAAAUUGCAAAGCGCAAGAGAAAAAUGUUGUGCUCAAAAAAGAAGUAAAGUUAGCUCCUCGCAUCAAUGUAGCGCGGAAUGUACGACAGGUGAAAAAUCUUCCUGAGCAGGAAAAUAAAAAGACUCAAAAGUCCUUUGAGUUUCGUGCAAAACCCGCUCCUAAUUUCAAACUUCUGCAUGAGAAGCAGAAGAAAAUUCAGAAAAAACAGCCACCAAUUACAGUUCCCCAAACUCCAAUAGUCCUGAGAAAAUCUCAGGUUCAAAAUCCCAAAAAGAGACAAAUUCCUGAAAGAGAAAAAACCAAGGACUUCCGUAAUCCCAUGAAAGUUGGUAGGAAUGUCAAGGUUGUGGCAAAAGAGCCAUUCCGACCAAUAAAGGAAUCCAAGACAACCCAGGUUGUUCCUUUCAACCUCCAAACUACUCGACGUCAGGAGGAGCGUCGUCGGUUUGAUGAUCUUUCACGUCAGAUGAGGGAUCUCAAAAUUCAGAAGGAAAUGGUUGAAAAGAAGAAACAAGAAGAUCAUCUGAGGAGGGAAUUGCGCAAGAAAACUGAAUUCAGGGCACGUCCAAACCCUUUCAAAUGAGUUUAUAAAAUAAUAUUUAUUAUUCAAUAAAAUUCAUCCUCUCCACCAACA